AUGCGAAGCCCGGCUGUCCUCCUCGCCGUGGCUCUGGCCACCCUCCUGGUUCCAGCAUCAGGGGCGCCCAUCCAGCGGCAGGGGUCCCGGAACAAGCUACUCCUGGUGAGCUUCGAUGGUUUCCGCUGGAACUAUGACCAGGACGUGCACACCCCCAACCUGGACGCCAUGGCUCUCGAUGGGGUGAAGGCUCGCUACAUGACUCCGGCCUUUGUCACCAUGACCAGCCCCUGCCACUUCACUUUGGUCACCGGCAAAUACAUCGAGAACCACGGGGUGGUUCACAACAUGUUCUACAACACGACCAGCAAGGUGAAGCUGCCCUACCACGCCACACUGGGCAUCCAGACGUGGUGGGACAACGGCAGCCUGCCCAUCUGGAUCACAGCCCAAAGGCAGGGCCUAAAGACCGGCUCCUUCUUCUACCCGGGCGGGAAUGUCACCUAUCAAGGCGAGGCCGUGACGCUGAGCCGAAAGGAAGGCAUCCUGCACAACUACAAGGACGAGAAGGAAUGGAGAGCCAACAUCGACACUGUGAUGAAGUGGUUCACAGACGAGGGCCUGGACCUGGUCACCCUCUACUUUGGGGAGCCAGACUCCACGGGCCACAAGUAUGGCCCCGAGUCCCAGCAGAGGAAGGAUAUGGUAAGGCAGGUGGACAGGACCGUGGGCUACCUCCGGGACAGCAUCAGGAACAGCAGCCUGGAGGGCAGCCUCAACCUGAUCAUCGUGUCCGACCAUGGCAUGAGCACCGUCAACAAGAAGGCCAGUGACCUGGUGGAGUUCCACAAGAUCGCCAACUUCACCUUCAAGGACAUUGAGUUUGAGCUCCUAGACUACGGACCAAACGGGAUGCUGCUCCCCAAGGAGGGAAAGCUGGAGAAGGUAUACAAGGUCCUCAAGGACGCCCACCCCAGACUCCACGUCUACAAGAAGGAGCUCUUCCCCAAGUCCUUCCACUACGCCAGCCACCCCAGGGUCACCCCCCUGCUUAUGUACAGUGACCCUGGCUACGUCAUCCAUGGGAGAGUGAACGUGCAGUUCAACAAAGGGGAGCACGGCUUCGACAACAGUGUCAUGGACAUGAAGACCAUCUUCCGGGCCGUGGGCCCCAGCUUCAAGAGGGGCCUGGAGGUGGAGCCCUUUGAGAGCAUCCACGUGUACGAGCUCAUGUGCAAACUGCUGGGCAUCGUGCCCGAGGCCAAUGACGGGGCCCUCAGCACCCUGCUGCCCACACUCAGCGCCGAGGCCGGCGACGGGGCCCUCAGCACCCUGCUGCCCACACUCAGCGCCGAGGCCGGCGACGGGGUCCUCAGCACCCGGCUGCCCACACUCAGCUCCGAGGCCGGCGACGGGGCCCUCAGCACCUGGCUGCCCACACUCAGCGCCGAGGCCGGCGACGGGGCCCUCAGCACCCGGCUGCCCACGACCCCCUCAGUACGACUGCCCGAGACCAAAGGAGACCAAGUUCAAAAAUGCGGAGGGCGCCUGGGCCCUCCGCGCCCCAAGCAGCGCCCCUCGGGGACAGAGGCAGGAAGCGGCCGCCUCGCCGCGUCCCAACUUCCCCCCGCUUCGGGGCAGAACAAUGGCUUUUUGCCCGGAAAACGAAGUUCGGAGGAGGCCAGGCGCACCCCGGAGACCAAGCGGGACUCGACUGCUGAUCGCCAGGUCCGAAGAGGCAAGGCGCCUCCUUCUUCCCCGCGAGGGACCCGCCCGCGCUCUGCUGACCCACGCGCGCUGCCCGCGGCCCCAACCCACCCAGACCAGGCGCGCCGGACCCCCGCCCGGGGCGCGAAGCUGGUCCCGCCGUGA